AUGCUGCCACCUCCACCUCUCUCCCCAGCUGAAACGUCGGUCGAUCAUGAACCCAAAGCACUUUCUCGUGCUCGCAGAAUAAUUUUACUGUUCAUGUUCUGUCUCGCUCAGUUCUUAGAUUCCUUCAAUAAUUCAGCUCUCUUCUCCGCAAUCCCUGCACUCGAGGUAUCCAUGGGUAUGACUGAAAGUCAGUCCACUUGGAUCAUCAGUGCAUUCCAAUUGACCUUUGCAUCUUUCCUGCUUAUCAGCGGCCGCAUCAGCGACGUAUACAACCCAAAAACUGCGUUCAUUGCGGGUGUAUCGGGCCUUGGUGUCAUCUCGCUGUGCGCUGGAUUUGUUAAUAAAACCAUUCCAAUCAUCACUCUGAGAGCGUUGAUCGGAAUAGCUGCUGCGAUGACAAUCCCCUCUGCGCUGACACUCCUGGUCAACGUAUUUCCCGAUCCACUUGAACAAGCUCGCGCAAUAGGACUAUUUGGAGGCUGCGGCUGCGUCGCUAACGUCCUCGGUCUCACAAUUGGUGCAAUGUUCGUCCAAUGGACAUCUUACCAUUGGGUGUUCUGGUUUGUAGCCAUCGUGGCUGUGCCAGCGGCUCUGGCCUGUGUUACUAUCAUACCACCAGAAAUUUCCAACACCACAAACAGUCUUGAGCCUACAGCAGCGAAAUGGAAAAGUCUUGACAUAGUCGGCGUAAGUAUCCUGACUGCUGCCUUGAUUUUGUUCAUCUUCGCUGUAACAUCCGGCUCCACUGAUGGCUGGGCAUCCGCAAUAGUACUGGUCCCGCUUAUCAUAUCAAUCUUGGGGGUGAUCGGGUUUUUCUACUGGGAAACAAUCAUACCUGUGGAAACAGCAGCAAUACCACCCCGAACAUGGUUUUACCACAAUUUUUCCGUUCUUUUUGCCGUUGCCCUCUUGCCAUUCUUUUGGUGGAGCACAGUCUUCACGAUUUUUACCACCCUAUGGCAGAACGUAUUUGAAUGGUCGGCAAUUUCAUCGGCUAUACACAUGUUCCCGAUCGGUGUCACAGCCUUCGCUAUGAGUUUCACUGGACCGCUUUCUCGCAUCUUUAGUCCGAAAUGGAUUAUUCUCGCUGGUCUGUCACUUUGCAUGGUCUCGACCGCAUUGCUGGCGCUUGGUGGGGGCCCUCAGGAUUAUUGGCCAUAUAUAUUCCCUGCUUUUUCUAUAGGAAGCGCAGGGGCCAUGCUGACAUAUACACACACAAACAUUGCUAUCUUUCAAGCUGCACCUUCCUCCAUGGCAGGCACGGUUGGUGCCAUCUUUAAUGGCGCUCUUCAAUUUGGAUCAGCUAUUGGCCUCGCGGGUGUCAGCUCGAUAGAGACGUCCGUGGAGGCCACCCACGGGGGCUCACACGAGUAUCACGGACGAGCCGCAGCAUUUUGGUUCCUCUUUACACUUGUCUCUAUUGAAUUCAUUUCAGUAUCGAUAUUCUAUGACCGCAGUACGGACCACAUACCUCAACCAGAACACGGCAACCCUAAAAAUCCUUCACGACGGAGCACGCACUUUGACGAAAAGCUUGAUGAUGUGAAGGUGACCAUGACCGAAAAAGCUGAGCUAGCAGAUCUACAGGUGUAG